AUGAACUCAUCAUCAAGCAGUCAACUGCUUCAGAAACUCUAACAUCUAUACUCAAGCAACAACAAAAUAAGUGAACAUUCAGUCUCUCCUUUGUAACCAAAACCGUUUGUCUGUAGAGAAUUCAACUAAUUACUUGAGAAAUCAUCCCCUAUGCCUUAUUUGCAAGUUAAACAACAAGAUGUUGAACAAUGGACAGAAAGACUUUUUAAGCCAAGUGAUAAGGCUUCUUGCUCUUCUUUUACUCAAAAUGAGAAUGUGUUUGACAUCCAUCUCUAAAAAUAUUCCUAAAUUUCAAGCAUUUCCACUUCGACUUUCCCUGUGUUAGUAUAAAUUGAGAAGAAGGUCAAAUUAUUGAAAUAUGCUAAAGAGAAUGAUCACAAUACGUGUGCAGCCAUAAUUGCUAAAAUGAAGCUUUUCUGUUUAGAUAAUGCACAAACGUGUUAUGACUUUUAUAGAAGUACAGAUCUGAUCUUACUGAAGUAUAUGAUCUUUCUCUUAAUACAAGAACUAAAUUAACGACCUACAGUUGAGAGAUAAGAAAAUAGUCAUGAUUAAUCAUCUUAAUUCUCAUCGAUGGUUAAAGAUAUCGUUAAUAUUGUGUCUGAAAUCAUAGAAGAAGUGAAAUCAAAGUCAUUUUCAGGUUCACAAAUAGAUGUGUUGAAUAAAAAAUUAGCUAAAAUUCAAAACAAGUUCAAGCCCGAUCCCAACAGUACACAAAAGUCUUUUAAUAAAUCACAUCAUCAUCGAAUAAGUAGCUGCAAUUUCGACACCUGCAAAACCCCUAUUUCAAAUAAUAAGAACAAUAAAGAUUCCUACAUUAUCAGUGAUAAAUUUAAAUCGGCAUAAUAGCCUAAUAAUGGAUCUGGCUCCUAAAAAAUCAUUAAGUUUUAGAUAGAUGAAUUGGAAUAGAAAAAAUAACUGAUAAGCAAAUUAAAUGAACAAAUCUCUAAAUUAUAGAACACUAAUUAAUAAUAUUAGACUUAACUUUAAGAUCUAAAUGGACAAAUUGCAUCUAUAAAGCAGGAGUUGAAAUUAAAAGAGGAAGAAGUAAAAAUUUAAAUUAAUUACUAUUUAGAUUGAAAAGUUAUCCUAAUCAUUGGAUACGCUAAAUUAGAAUGAUAUAAUCCAUCAAGAAGAGAAGGAAUAAUACAAUACUCUAUUUCAUGAAUACGAGGAUGAAAAUGCUUAAUUGAAAUCGAGUUUGGAGCAUUUCUAAGUAUCAUAUCAUUUAAAUUAGAAUACACUUGAGUUAUGCUAAUAGCAAUUUGAGAAUUAAAAACAAGAGACAUUUGCUUAUUAUCAAGCAUAAUGCAAUUAGAUUUAAUAAAAUAAGGAGAAAGAACUUAAUCAUCUAAGACAUGAAUUAAAGGAAAAUUAAGCUAUUAUUGUAAUAACAUUAAUUAAUCCUAGAAUCACUUACUAGGAGAUGCUCUUUAUUUUGGCAAAUAGUACAAAAGUCUUGUGGAUAAAAUAGAUAAUUUGAACCCAGAAUCUAUUGCCAUCGACUUAAAUCAACUUUAGAAGGAAUUAUUCUAUUCUGAAAACACUCUCAAUGCUAAAUUAAAUGCCAUAUCUAAUUUCUCAGACAAUUUAUUAUUUAAUGCUGGGCAAGAAUAUUUGUCUCAAAGUCUAACUUAGCAUUAAAUGAUGAAUCCUUAGGGAAUUCCUAAAUCCAUUAUGCAAUAAUAAAACAUCAGCAAAAGUAUUUAAAACAAUUACAUCAUAGCACAAAAGAAUCAAUUUGAAAUAAUGGAAAUGCUACUGAUUCAGAGUCAAGUUUUAGAGAAGUUUCUAAUCUGA